GGUUCCAUCCAACACUUAAAACACAUGGUCCCAUCUUUCACACUAACUAGGACUACACACAAACACUUUUUCCCUUUGAGAAGAAAAAAUAGCUACAGCCUUCAUAGCAAAGAGAGAAAAAGAUGGCUCUUCCAAGACCAAGCAGUGAAGAGAAAGCCCUUUCUCAGCUCAAAGAAGGAACAGCAUCAUCAUCAGCAGCAGCACCACCUUCAUCAUCUUCUUCAUGGAAUAGGCUUCACACUUUCUCUCCUUUGAAUCUACACAACAAGACUAGCAAAAUUGACAGUGAUGAAGAUAUGUUCACAGUUCCAGAUGUCGAGACCACACCCAUUAAUGUUCAUUCUCAUCCAAACAGUAACCUUAAACAAUCUAACGUGACAGAACCUCAGUUUCAAACUGGUUUCCCUGGAAAGCGUCGCAGGGGAAGAAACCCUGCAGAUAAGGAACAUAGACGUCUCAAGAGGUUGUUGAGAAAUAGAGUUUCUGCUCAACAAGCUCGAGAAAGAAAGAAGGUUUAUGUGAAUGAUUUGGAAGCAAGAGCCAAAGAGUUGCAAGAUAAAAAUGCUAUCUUAGAAGAACGUAUCUCUACUUUGAUAAAUGAGAACACCAUGCUUAGAAAGGUUCUUAUGAAUGCCAGGCCAAAAGUUGAUGAUAGUAAUGAACAAAAGCAAGAGCACUUAAGUAAGAGCUAACAAGGUUAAACCUUCAAAAAAAUUAUUUAUAAUUUAUUCUAUAAUGUAAAUUUACAAAUUUAUGACUAUUUUCUUUCUUUUAUACUUUUAUCUAAGACGUUCUCCACCUCCACAUCAAGGUUUUUUGUUCGGCAUUCUUUGAUGUAGUGAAGUUGGAAAAAAUUUAAAAUUAAUGCUUAUUGUAUAGUAGUUUCAAUGUAUCUUAAGAAAAUAUUUAGUCCGUGCAGAUUGAAUUUAAAAUUUAUUAGAUUUUAUGAUACUCUA